CCGAAACCAACCCGAUAUCCGGAUUGAACAUCCGUAAUCCAAAUGAAGCCAAACUAUUGUUUCAUUCUCCAAAAUAUAAUAAAAAUAAUAAUUUAAUCCCGCGCAAGGCGCGGGUCUUAUCCUAGUCUUAUAGUAUAUACUAAUCAGUGUUUCAAGAUAUUAUGCAAACUUUUCAUUGGUUGAUGAAAAUAAAUUAAAUAAUAUCUGAUAGUUUUGUUCGUCGUCGGUGGUAUCGGUUUAAUCUAUUAGAUAAUAUCGGCCUUGCUCUUUAGCGGGUGAUUUAUUCGGUUUGGUGAGUAACAUAUUGUAUCACUAUAUUUAGCAUAGUCUGAGUAUCGCUCCAUCGUGUAUGACAGUAUGAGUGAGUUGCUUUGGUUGAAAGGAUUGCUCUCGAUGUGUCGUUUUCCUCUUCAAUUCCUUUAUGCUAGCUAGACGUGUACGUGUUUUAUAAAUGUAAGGUCAAAACCAAUGAAAAUCAAAAACUAUUCUAUACAUUUUGUUUUCUUCCAAUAGGUAAAGUGCAAAAACCAUUCUAUGUAAGGUCAAAACCAAUGAAAAUAAAAACUGUUCUAUACUGAUAUGAAUUUAAACCCGAAUAUUUUAAAAGUAUAUUAGUAACCACAUAUAUUCAAACGUAUAUAGUACUUCUAUAUAAGACCAUUCACCCUCAUAUGGCUAGUGUAUUCAACAUAGAAUGUAUAUCGUAUGUCGUAGGCUCUCCUUCCUUAUGACGUAGUUACACGUUUUUUUUAUUCCACGGAGAUCUUUUCUUUUUGUCAACGGCGAUAAUUAUUUGCCUAUAUUAGAAAUCCAAAACUAUAUUGUGACAAUCCGCCCCGUGGGAACUAUCUGUCCCGUGGAUCCCAGACUCACAGCGCUGCAGCGUACCGAUCCCAACUUUUCUAUUAGAAUAGUUGUUAAAGAGUGAGGUCCUGAGUUUGAGACUCACCAAUAAUCUAAUUAUGGAGUUAAAAAAAUUCAUAAUGGAGGAGUUGGGGUCGAUGCGCUGCAGCGCUGUGAGUCGGAUUCCGAAUGAACGAGAUGAGUUGUCACAUAUAUAUGUUUAGAUUUUUGGAAUCGUGGAAAAGAAAAUACACUAGUUAGAAAAAACGAAAAACACGAGGACCAUUAUGGUGAGUUGGUGUCGUCGGUGUCGGUUCAUGCCUUUGUGCUAUGUGAGUAGCUGAUUAUGACACAUAAAUUAUGGGGGAAUAAAACCCAAUUGUAUGUUUUAUUGUUUAUUAUUUUUCCUAUAUGAUAAUAUUUUUUAAUAUGUCAGGUUCAAAAACAUAUUUAUGUUUGCGCCGACAAUAUAGUGCAUGUAUUUGAUCAUAUCUACGAUAUCCACACGAGGCAAAACUGUUCUAAUUAAUUGAGUGUAUAUUAUCUGUUUAUAUAGGAUGCAUCUUUUCUUAAAAGUAAAACUUAUGACAUAUUGUUCCCCGACGUCCUAAGUAACAUCAUUGAAACCAACGGGAUUAGACUAGCGGCGUCUGUGAAAUAACUAUAAUACGGCAAACUUGUAGUUUGAUUGAUUCAUGUUAGUCAUCCGAACUAUUUUAAAUGGUAAGAAUAUGUGUUGCUAUGGAUCUCAUGGGAUUAGUUGAUUGAUCUAGGUCGCCGAAUCCCCACGAUUAUUAAAAAAACAUCAUUAAAAUUGAUGCACAUGAUAGCGAAGGGAACUAGAUUCAAUGUUAUAUAGGAUGCAUCUUCAAAAUCAUACUAACGAUAAAAGCAGACGUCUUGUUACUUCGUUGGUCUCGGUGAUACUCGUUGAGUAUCAGUAAUAUUCCUUAGCGAGCUGGUUUAGUCAGAUUGGUGUCUCUCUACUUUUUGGUUGGCAAAGAAGCAACACAGAUUGUUUGAAGUUUGCCUGAAAAACGAGAUGAAUUUUAGGGAAAACAUGAAAAAAUUGAAACCUUGAAUCACAUAUUCUUUGUUUAGAGAUUUUUUUAUACUCUCUCCGUUUCAUAAAGAAUGUCACUUUGACAUUUUUCAUACAGAUGAGAAAAUGAUUUAAAUGCAUUUAAGUUUUUUUAGUUACACAUAUUCAACCAAUAGUAUUUGAGAUAAUUAAAAUUAUUUAUAAAAUUAAUACAUUUGUAAUUAAUUUUAAGCUGAAAUUUAUAUUGGAAUUCUAAAAUAACACCUUUUUGUAAUAAGAAAAAAAAAUGCUAAAGUUACACUUAAUAUAAAAUAGACGAAAUAUUAAAUUUGUGAGCUCUGAUAAGUGCAAAUUUUUGAACCUCUGCAUAUAAAUUUAAAAAAUCUGAUAUUAUUGAAGUAGAUUCCUGAUUCUCUUGCUUAUUUUUAAUGAGAACCAGUCUGGUAACAAGCUCCUUAGGCACUGACUUCCAUGGUAAGUUAUAAUUAUUGUGGGGGACAGUGUAGAGAAAUAUGUUGGUUCAGUUGGUUUGAAAGCAGGUAAAUGUUAGUUGAUACCCGCGAGCCAUCAUUGUUUUUCAUUCUUUUUAUUUAUAGUCAAAUACUGUCCUAACGAAAUGGAAAUAUAAAUUAUAUAAGACGAGUUUAUUCUAUUUUUUCUCUAAAAUAGAGUAACUCUAUAUUAGAGUUUGAGUUUGUUCAAAUGGUACUCUAUUUUAUAGUAGAAAAUAUAGUGAUAAACAAAAAAAUAAAUUAUUCUAUACUUGGAGUAAACCUUUUUUUCAAAAUAUAGUAUCAUUGGAGCAUUUUUACUCUAAACUCUAUUUUAGAGUGAAAAAUAAAAUGGAGUUGGAGAUGCCCUAACCAUAGAAUCAAAUCACUUUUCCAUAAUAGAGAAAUAAAAAGGUAAUAAUGAAUAUUAAAUUUAAAAAAUCAAGCAACCAUUCGUUGUUUUUAUUCCUUUUGUUUUUAAUCAAAUAGUGUACUAGAGAAAAGGAAAUAGUAAUUAAAGAAUCGUAGAAUCAAAUCAAUUUUUCCAUAUUUUAUAAUAUUGUCAAAGAAUGAUGUAGUAAUCAAUAUAAGUUAAUAAAAAUCAAGCAAAAAUAAACAAAUUAGAGCCAUAUUCAAAAACAAAAACGAAUAUUAAGGUCCUUUUUCUUGUUCAACACAUUCAUUAAUCUGAGAGAAAAAUUCAGCCCAUAAACGGGUUCAGUGCAACUAACGGGGAUCUGAGAAGGGGUUUUACUAAAGGUAUUUGUGUUCCAAUUUUCCGUUCUUGGCAUAGACGGAACUGAAAACUCAACAAAAAUAGAGAGAGACUCUCAAUGUCUUUGACUCUUUAGCCACACCGUAAAUCUCCUUGUCGACAAGUUUGCUGUUGAUGACUCUUACAAGAAUUUGAUUGUCGGAAAAUCUCCUUGUCAAGUGUCAACAAUUUUGCUGUCAGGGCCAGUUUUAUUUCUUUGUUUUCAGUUUUAGCAAUUAUCAAUGGAUAUAUUUAUGUCUAUUAAUUCUUGUUCCAUGUUUUCAAAAAAUCCCGUGUCUCGACCAGCUUCUUUAUUUCUUUUGGUAAAACAUAUUUACAAACAUAAACAUUUUCAGCAAGAGAAAAGAACUCCAUAAACAUCCUUCAAUACCAAAACGAACACCAUCCUUCAGAUAAGCUUUUAGGUUGGCACAAAAACCCAUCAAACUAUUAUUAUUUGUAGAUUUGAAUUUCUUCAAGUCAAACAAAAAUCCCAAAAAUUUCUCAUAAUAAGUUGUAUCAAACCUUGUCUCAAGAGAAACCAUAUCGAAUAUGUAGAAUUUGAGAUCAUAUUUGGUAUAACGUCUUAAUGCGAUUCUCCUAAUGAAUUUGUGAUAAUGGUUUGACUGUAUUAUCAUUCAUGAUAUCUCUGAAAACUUCGUAUUAUUUGCUGAAAAAUCAAACAAGCAAUGAAUAAAAUUUGGAAAAAGCAAUAACUAAAUGGAUUUCGUCAAAGUUUCGUUAUCCAUGUCUUAUAAGUUGAAAGCGAUUUUGUCUUACUCAUGCUGCCAUAGAAGAAAUAGUUUUGGCUACAAUAAAUCAGAACCGAUUUUUAUGACCUAAAAGUUAUGUGAUAUUUGGACUCAGGCUAAAACUAUUCUAAUUGACUUUCUAUUGAGUAGGUUGAAAAACUCGAACGUUAGUAAAUUUAUAGAAAGACCAUUUUCAUAUUAAGUAUACUGAAGGAAAACAAAAAAAUAGAUAACUGUGAUGACUUAGUAUAUACAUGUAUACAUAUAUGCAUAUAUAAUAUUUGGAAUGAACAAAAUUUAUGUUAAGGAAUCGCAACGCAGUAAAAGAAAAAAAGAUUUGUUGAUUAAUAAAACAUAGGAGUAUAACCAGAUAUCUAACUUGGAUCAAUAAUUGAAAAUAGUUUAAAUGAAUUAUUAAUAAAUGAAUCACGUUUUAAAAGAGAAAGAUGCUAAUAUAUGGGUUAUCGUUGAUGAUAAAAUUUUAUAAAAUAAUGAGACAAAAUUAAUCAUUCUCCAUUAACUUAAAAUUGUUACUGCUUCCAUAUAAUAUGGACAUAAGAACAAAUAUAUUUUUUAGUAAAACUGAAACCUUGUAUUGUGUAGUUGUAAACUUCAUGGAUAAGCUUUCAUUAACGAUAGGUUGUAUAAUAGGGAAUGGGUUUACAGCUGAACUGUGGUGUGUCAAGUGUGAACUAGUGUUUAUAGCUGAACUGUGGUGUACAAACUAGUGUUAUAGCUUUUUAGACCAGGUGGGUCCAACUUCUAUUGAAAAUUUGGGAACUCUUAAGACAAGCAAUGUCUUUAUGUGCUUUCGGUGUGUGUCUUGUUAGUUUUCUUCUGAUUUUACACUACAAUAUACAAUCCGUAUUUUACUUAAUUUGCCCAAUGGUUCAAAACAUUGUGCUAUAUAUAUUCAUUGCUCCACAACCAUUCAACACUCUACCAACUUUCCCUUCCUUAAUCCUUCUUCUAAGCUAAUUGCUUGCUAAUCCCUUUUAAUUUCUUAUAUAGCUAGUUUCCUAAUUAAAGUCAGAUCACCCUUUUCUUUACUCAGCGUCUUUGACCCCUAGCAAUUACCUCUUCUUCAUAUUCAAACUCCAGUGUACACUCUUCGCUAUUUUUUUCCAAUUUUAACCUUACUUUUGUGUUUAUUGUUUCUCUCUAAUUAGAUAUUAAGAAGGGAAAUUUCGUUGAUUUCGGUUUGAUCUUUUUGUAAUUAUGAGGUUUCUUUCCGACAAUGAUCUUAUUACAAAAAGAAUGCAAUCAACAUGAGUUUGCAACCCUUUCUUAAGAACAAUCAAGUGUCAAAAAGUUUAUAUUUCUGGAUAUUUCAAAUAUUAGUAGUUUUUGAUCGCUACAACUAUCUUGUAUUGCAAGCAACAAGUGUGAAUUAUGCAAAUGGGAAGUUCAUCUUUACCUCCAGGAUUUAGAUUCCAUCCAACAGAUCAGGAGCUCAUAGGCUAUUAUUUAAGUAGAAAGAUAGAAGGUCUUGAGAUCGAGCUUGAAGUCAUUCCUGUUAUCGAUUUAUACAAAUUCGAUCCUUGGGAGUUACCAGAUAAGUCUUUCCUUCCAAACAGAGAUAUGGAAUGGUUCUUUUUCUGUCCUAGGGACAAAAAGUAUCCAAACGGUUUCCGAACCAAUAGGGCUACAAAAGCCGGAUACUGGAAACCGACCGGUAAAGACCGGAAAAUCACCUGUAGAUCGUCGGGUGUUAUAACCGGAUACCGGAAAACACUAGUUUUCUACGAAGGUCGUGCCCCAUUGGGCGAGAGAACUAACUGGUUCAUGCAUGAAUAUCGUCUAAAUCAUGACGAUCUUUCUCAAAAAUCACCAAAAUUCAAGGGAGCUUUCGCAUUAUGUCGUGUAGUUAAGAAGAACCAACUUAAGACUAAAACCUUGAAAAAUAAAAAUGAACAAGCAGUUGGCUCCGGUUGCUCUAGCCUUGCGACUUCUCCCUGUCGAGAUGGAACGAUGCAGUUUCAAUCAUUCAGCCCGUCUUCUUCUACUACAUACAAAUCUUCUAGCAUGUGGAUAUCUCCUGAUUUCAUCCUUGAUUCCUCCAAGGAUUAUCCUCAAAUUCAGGAGAUUGCUUCUGAGUACUUUCCCAACUUUCAUUUUCCAGUCAAUGCAGCCAACCAUCACGUGGGACUUCGCGAGAGUUCUUCUUAUUUGAACGCUGAUCAGGACAUUGACCAAUCAAUGCAAACUGGUUACUGGCCAAAUUAUGAAUACGACCAAACGGGUUCAUUCGGUUACUCAAACCUUUUCUAGAUAGAAGGAAAUGUGUUGGUCUCUCUUCUGAACUAAAACGCCUUUUAACGUUGGAGUCCUGGAAGAAGAGUUGUCAUAAAAAAACAAAGCAGCAACUAGACAAGACAACAUAGAGUUGACUUCUAAAUCGUGUUCCUUUACAAAACCAGAAAAAAGAGUUGUCAUAUAGUUGGAGUCUCUUGCACUUUAUUCUUAGAAUAUAAUUAUAUUGGUUGCUUUUGAUUUUGUUUUUUGUUUUUAUAUUACUAAUGAGUAUAUUGUAUGCUCUGUAGGAUGACUAUUUAAACUUCCUAAUUUGUAAAACUUAGUAGGGGUUAUUGGUUGUUGUAUUUUAAUGGAUUUGAAAAUCCGAACUAAAUCUAGUGUUAUUGGUUCUAUGAUUUUAAAAUAUGUAUUAAAAUUAUGUGUUAUUGGUUUAAUGAUUCAUAAAUUCUAUAUCAAAUCAAGUGUUAUUCAAUCGUACGGAUUAACAAAUAUAUUUGAUUUUAUAAUGGAUUUGAAUGAAUUUGUUUGGACUUUUUUGUUAAAAAUACAAAGACUCAAAUCCGAGAGAAAACCUCCAGAUUUGCAAUUUUACUUAGAUUUAUAAAUACUAUAUAGAUUUCUAAAUCAAUAAAAAUAUAUAAACCAAUAACACCUACUUAAAAAGAUGAUAUUGUAGUCUUAUUUUUAUGUUCCGAAAUAUAUGCAAAGAGAAUGACAUAUUCCAAUCAUUAAUUAACUGAACCAUUUUUAUAAACUUUAAACCAACUUUGGAAGUGGUAAAAUGCACUUGAUAGUUUUCAAUGUACAUACAAUUUUUUCCUCUAAAAUAGUAAUCUUUAAAUAUAGAGCAAAAAUAGAUAAUAUGAUAUUUCUACCUUUAUAAAUAGAAAAAAUUACAAUCUCUAUUUUAAAGAAGAAAAAAAUUAGAAGUGGACUAGAACAGUUUUGUACAUAAAUAAUAUUAUAUAAGCAAAUAUAGAGAUGAGUUAGAAAUGAUUUAUGAAAACAAUACUGUAAAAAAAAUUGAUACAUGAUUUUUGAAAAUCCAUAAAGGGAAUUUGGAAAAAGUAAAAGAAGAAUAUAAGAAGAUUCAAAACUGUAUAUGUAGAAAGGGGCAAAUGUGAGUAGCAAUUUGUUUAAAGAUGUACGAAAAGCCUAAAGGUUUACAUUAUUCGCUUGUUGAAGAGCUUUAAUUAUACUUUUCUUCUCACGAGCUUUUUUUAACAUUUUAUUCUUUAAAACUUACAAGAGUAUUAUUUUACAAUUUUUGCAUUUUGAUUCAUGAAUCGAUCACCUUUUAGAGAUUAAUUUUAUUUUACGUCACAUCAAAUUUUCCUACUAUGAUUAAUGAUUCCCUAGUUUUGAAAGAUUCAUUGGUUCAUAGGGCAUCAUUAAAGAUUUGAAGGUAAGAGACUCCAUCAAUUUCUUAUAAAUAAAUAUAUUAAUAUUUAAUUAUAUAAUUUAUUUUCAAUCAAUUGACCAAUAAACAAGAAAUGUAUGACAUAGUCUCUUAGGCCAUAUGGUUUUUCAGUGUUUUUUUCAAACAAAACAUAAUAAAAGGUAAGAAGCAUUGGCAGAAUUGUCUCUUACAUCAAGGUUCAAAUUCUUUUGAGAAACUAUUAGUACACUUUCUAACUGGUUACAAGUGGAUGAAAAAAACUUAGUACACAUUUUAUUAUAAAAAUGUUAAACAUUUUGUAUUAUUAAAACAUUAGAGGAUGUUAGUGGGAGUUGAAUUAGUAAUUAUUAUCAAAAAUUUCAAAUUUUAUUUUUAUUGGUUUAUAGAUU